CCGCUUGCGGCCCGCCCCUCUCGUCACCGGAAGCAGCUGUUGCCUCGAGCAACGACAACGUCCGGCUUUCCGAGUUGGCGGCGGGAAAAGCCAUGAGUAAAGGCCGGGCGGAGGCCGCGGCGGGAGCCCCUGGGAUCCUCCUGAGGUACCUGCAGGAGCAGAACAGACCCUACAGCGCCCAGGACGUGUUCGGGAACCUGCAGCGGGAACACGGACUGGGCAAGGCGGCGGUGGUGAAGGCGCUGGAGCAGCUGGCCCAGCAAGGCAAAAUCAAAGAGAAGAUGUACGGCAAGCAGAAGAUCUAUUUUGCGGACCAGGACCAAUUUGCCAUGGUGAGUGACGCGGACCUCCAAGGCCUGGAUGCCAAAAUCGUGGCCCUCACUGCUAAGGUGCAGAGCUUACAGCAGAGCUGCCGCCACAUGGAGGCUGAGCUGAAGGAGUUAACUAGUGCCCUGACCACACCGGAGAUGCAGAAAGAGAUCCAGGAGUUGAAGGAGGAGUGUGCUGGCUACAGAGAGAGACUGAAGAAUAUUAAAGCAGCCACCAACCACGUGACUCCAGAAGAGAAAGAACAGGUGUACAGAGAGAGGCAGAAGUACUGCAAGGAGUGGAGGAAGCGGAAGAGGAUGGCAACAGAGCUGUCUGACGCAAUUCUGGAAGGAUACCCCAAGAGCAAGAAGCAGUUCUUUGAGGAAGUCGGGAUAGAGACGGAUGAGGAUCACAACGUGAAGCUCCCAGACCCUUGAGGGGUCCACCGGCAGGACCCCGGGGGGGAUGGAAAGAGAGGUCCGGCACUGGUUGGCUCCUCCAGGUUGGCUUCUGUGUUUGUUCCUGCUGCUGUCUUUGGGCAGAGCAGCUGGGAGAGGGGCAGGAGCCAGAGUAUGGGGCGCGGGGAGUGAGCGAGCCCACAGCCCACGAGCAGGCUCAGGUUCCUUUUCCUGGCUACAUUCCAGUUGCUUGAACUGAACGCUCCAACUGGAAA